CAACACAGACACACACACACACACACAGAUACAGUGUAUUUGUAUGGGUCGGUUCUCUUUCUGUCUGAGUCGGUGCUGGAGUACAGAAGAAAGUGUGUGUGAGACAGAAGAUGUUUGUUUAGAUUUGUAGACGUUUGUCUAUUUGUGUCUGUGGAAUCUUUCUAAUUCUGGACCCUAGCAAGGUGGAUGCACUGCAGCGAUGGGAGACUUUAGCUCUCUUGGGAAGCUUUUAGAAAGCGCCCAGGAACAUUCUACAGUGGUGGGCAAAGUCUGGCUCACCGUCCUAUUCAUCUUCCGUAUCUUGGUGCUCAGUGCUGCCGCAGAGAAGGUUUGGGGUGACGAGCAGUCUGGCUUCACCUGUGACACCAAACAACCUGGUUGUCAGAAUGUGUGUUACGAUGUAACCUUCCCCAUCUCUCACAUCCGAUUCUGGGUGCUCCAGAUCAUCUUCGUCUCAACCCCAACACUGAUCUAUCUGGGCCAUAUCCUCCACCUGGUGCGCAUGGAGCAAAAACUAAAAAGCAAUGAAACAAGCGGAGCAGACAAACAAGCACUUCUGGGCCACAAACCAAAAGGUCCCAUACGUGAUGAACAGGGGAAGAUCUGUCUGAAGGGAGUCUUGCUGCGCACGUAUGUCUUCAACAUCAUCUUCAAAACACUGUUUGAGGUGGGCUUCAUUGUGGCACAGUAUUUCCUCUAUGGAUUUGAGCUCAAGCCUCUGUACACCUGCAGCAGGUGGCCUUGCCCAAACACUGUCAACUGCUACAUCUCGAGACCGACAGAAAAAACCAUCUUCAUUAUUUUCAUGCUGGCCGUAGCCUGUGUCUCUCUGCUGCUCAACCUGGUGGAGAUGUAUCACCUGGGCUUUACCAAGUGCAGACAGGGUCUCCGUUACCGGCGUGCUCACUCAGUCUGCGACACUGAGUCUAAAGUGCCUAGUGAGGACGUUGUUGUUCCUUUUGUGCAAAAUUACCCUUAUUUUCCUGCUCACGCACCUCCUCCGGCUUCCUUUCCCACAGAGCCGCACUUCAACCUCUCAGAACCUGAUGGGACCUUUCCGGUUCAUAACAGCCGCUCUGUUUACAAGCAAAACCGAGAGAACAUGGCUGUAGAGCGCAACGGCAAACCUGACACUGCUGAUGUUAAGAUCAGCAAAACAGUGAGCUCUGUACCCGGAUCACCAUCAAGCCAGCAGCGCAGGCCCAGCCAUUCGAGUCGCUAUAGCAGCAACAAGACCAGGAUGGAUGACCUCAAAAUCUGAGCAGAAGGAAACGAGAGAGUCUUGACUCCAUUACUGAAUGUGGGAUCUCCCGUUCUGAACAACUAAAGAGAGUCCCUCUCCCGCUCACAGGCAACAUGCGAACGAUGAGGUUCAUUUAUCGAGGUGUCAUUUAGAGUGACAUCAGAAUCAGGGAGUUUGAAUGUGAACUGAUGUGAAGCUUUACUUGAAUUCAUUUUGUGGGAAUAUUGCAAUCACAUGAUCAAGUAUUGAACAGAUCGAUGACUGAGUCAUAGACUGAAUCAUGUGGGAGCCCUUUUUCUCCAAAUUACAUAUUGGAAAUAUAUUUAUGGUAUUGAGUUAUCAUAUACUAGGCCAUAAUUAAGACAUAAAGAGUAAAAUUCUGAUAACGGCCAUCCAAGACAAAGAAAGAAAGUCAAAAUCUUGUAAAUAAAUAAAUUAAGAAGUAUAUCCUGUGCUCAGCAUAAUUGAGUACACCCCAUUUUGAAAAUGAAUAUUUGUAUCCAUUUUUCAGUGAAAAUAGGCAAUGUAUUGUGGUGCAUUUAAACAAAACAAAUUUAUUAAACAGAUAUAUUUAUUCAAAUAAUAUUUUAGUCAAAACAUAUUUACAAAUUGAAAGAUAAUACAAUUAAAUUUAAGCAAAAUAUUGCAAAAAUAAAUUACAA